CCGCCAGCUUUUCUUGCCCCACUUUAUAAUAAAGGUAAAGCAGCGAAUAAAAAAAGAAUACUAAAUGAAUGAAAGAAAGAAUUGAAGGAAAGAAAAGGAAACAUAUGCAGAGCUCCUUAACCCCACAUCUCUAUAAAAAUUCUUUGAGGACUCAGACUCAAAGUUUCUUCAGCCUCAUCUGAGAAAGCAAACAGGACACUCAAAGCUUUAAGCAAAGGGAUUUUAUGGGUGCCUAAACAAGGAAAUUUGACAAAGUGAUCAAAGAAAGAGAAGUAAAAAAAAAAAAAGAGCAAGGGGAAUUUUCUUUUGUUUUUAUGAUUCUCUUUUGAAGCAUGAAUUGAAGUGUGUUUUUUGCAGAGGCCAAGCUCAUCACUGCAAAGCUAAUGAUGGCAGGAAACCCUAGCUGGUGGAGCAUGCAUCCACCUUCACAGCAAACUUCUGCUUUAUUAUCUUCUUCUCCAUCUAUCUUUCCCUCCCAAUAUGUAUUUGGAUCUUCCUCAUUCUCUUCGAAUCCUUUGCCUGAUAAUCAAGAGCUUCCACUGUCAUGGAGCCAACUACUUUUGGGUGGUUCUUCAGGAGAUGAAGAUAGGUACGGUAUGAGUCAAUUUCAGGCUAAAAGGUUGGAAAAUUGGGAAGACCAAAUCUUAAAUCCAUCUCCAAGUAUUUCUGUAGUUGCUGAUGUAAAGCAAGAGGUUUCCCACAAUAGCAACUUAUAUGGUCAUGGGGAUGAAGACUUUCAGGCACUUAGGUCCCCAGCUUGGCCACAAGUGAUGCCAGGCUCUUCCCCUAGGUCUUGCGUCACGAGUAUAAGUAGUACUAAUAUAUUAGACUUCUCUUACAACAAGGCUGAUGGGGCGAAUCAGCAUCCCGAUCAAUCUUCCGAGUGUAAUAGCACCGCCACAGGUGGAGUAUGUAAGAAGGCUAGGGUUCAGCCCUCUUCAAGCCAACCUCUCAAGGUGAGGAAGGAGAAGUUAGGUGAUAGAAUCACAGUUCUUCACCAAAUGGUUUCCCCUUUUGGAAAGACUGACACGGCUUCUGUCCUGUUAGAAGCUAUUGGGUAUAUCAGAUUCCUUCAGGGUCAAAUUGAGGUGAUGUUUCUUCCACAUCUUACUUAUACUCUCUGCAAGCAGCUCAGAAUCAGUGAGGAGCAUGCAGCUCUUAGCUCCCCUUACUUGGGCACUGCCUCACCAAAUAUGAGGAACCAUCAACAAUCUGGUCAAGAAGAAAGAGUUAGUGCAUUUUCUGAAGACAUAGGCCAGGAUAAUCAAGAUAACCCAAAGGAUUUGAGGAGUAGAGGACUGUGCUUGGUUCCUCUGUCUUGCACUCAGCACGUUGGAAGUGACAACGGCGCCGAUUAUUGGGCUCCGGCUAUGGGAGGAGGGUUUUAAUGGGUGCAAUAUUCCAAGGCUGAUUCAAACUUUCAAAGAAUGAUAUAACAUCAUGAGCAAUCACUCUGCCGCAACAUUCCAAGGGUAAUUGCUCAUGAUGGUAUGCAAUUCUAAUUAAAAAUGGCCAUUAAUUGUUUCUGAACCCUCUAGCUAGCUAGUCUCACCCUUUCUGUCUGUUGAUGUUUUCUUCGAGCUAUGUUAUAGAGCUCCAUGAAAAUUGAAGUUUAAUUAGCAUUUUUCUUUCAUCUCAAAAUGCUUUAUCCAGGAUUGGCAUUCUUUCUUCUUAUAUUAUUGAAGAAUAGAAUGGUUUCUGCCGCUAUUUAAUGUAACUUGUUUUCCUUGAU